AUGCUGCCCAAGGCGAUCCUCGCGAUUGCCGCACUGGCCUUCAGCCCUGCGAAUGCGCUGUGGCCCAUUCCUCAGAAGAUCACAACUGGAGACAGCGUCCUCUUCAUUGACGAGGCUGUGAGAGUGACUUAUAACGGAGUGCAGAUCAUUACAAUCGGCUACAACCCGCCUGCUGGUUCCAACUUCAACAGCAAGGAGAUUGUUCAGGGCGCCGUCUCGCGAACCUUCCAGUCCAUUUUCAGCAACAACUUUGUGCCAUGGAAGCUGAACCCCCGCAACAGCAACUUUGAGCCCAAGCUGGCUCCUCUGAACCGAAUCCAGACCAUUGCGAUUCAGCAGACCGGAAAGGAUACCGCGACCACCUUCAAGCCGCGCGCUGGAGACGUCGACGAAUCGUACAGCCUGACCGUGUCAAAGAAUGGACAGGUCAACAUCAGUGCCAAGUCCUCUACCGGUAUCCUGCACGCUCUCGAGACCUUCUCCCAGCUCUUCUACCAGCACUCUGCUGGACACUACUUCUACACGACUCAAGUGCCCGUUUCUAUCCAGGACGCACCCAACUACCCUCACCGAGGAGUUAUGCUUGAUCUUGCCCGUACUUACCAGACAGUCACCGAUAUCAAGAGAACCAUUGACGCCAUGUCCUGGAACAAGCUCAACCGUCUGCACUUGCACAUCACCGACUCCCAGUCGUGGCCUCUGGUAAUUCCUUCACUGCCUAAGCUGUCUCAGGAGGGUGCCUACCACCCCAGCCUGGUCUACUCUCCCGCCGAUCUUGCAGGCAUUUUUCAAUACGGCAUUGACCGCGGUGUUGAGGUCAUCACCGAGAUUGACAUGCCCGGUCACAUUGGCGUUGUCGAGCUUGCCUACAGCGACCUCAUUGUAGCCUACCAAGAGAUGCCUUACCAAUACUACUGCGCCGAGCCGCCAUGUGGUGCCUUUUCGCUCAACGACUCCAAGGUUUACGAUUUUGUUGAUAAGCUGUUUGACGACCUUUUGCCCCGUAUCACGCCUUACAGCUCCUACUUCCACACCGGUGGUGAUGAGCUCAACGCCAACGACUCCAUGAUCGACCCCCGUCUCAAGACCAACUCGAGUGAUGUGCUGCAGCCUCUGUUGCAGAAGUUCAUCUCCCAUGCUCACUCCAAGAUCCGCGCACAGGGUCUGUCGCCGUUUGUCUGGGAGGAGAUGGUUACCACCUGGAACAUCACUCUGGGCAACGACACUGUCGUUCAGUCUUGGCUGGGUGGUGAUGCCGUCAAGAACCUGGCCGAGUCUGGCUACAAGGUCAUUGACACCGACUACAACUUUUACUACCUGGACUGCGGUCGUGGCCAGUGGGUCAACUUCCCCAACGGCGACUCUUUCAACACUUACUACCCCUUCGGCGACUGGUGCGCUCCCACCAAGAACUGGAGACUCAUCUACUCUCACGACCCUGCCAAGGGCGUCUCCAAGUCACAUGCCAAGAACGUCCUGGGAGGAGAGCUUGCCAUCUGGAGUGAGAUGAUUGACGGCAGCAACAUGGACAACAUCAUCUGGCCCCGUGGCAGUGCCGCCGGCGAGGUCUGGUGGUCCGGCAACGUUGAUACCGCGACCGGCCAGAACCGCAGCCAGCUCGAGGUGACGCCUCGCUUGAACGAGUUCCGUGAGCGUAUGCUUGCGCGUGGUGUCAACGCUAUGCCCAUCCAGAUGACUUACUGCACGCAGCUCAACGCUACGGCUUGCACGCUGUUCGCAUGA